CUUUUUCGUUAAAGGUGGAGUCAUGUAACACAAACUCCUGUAACCGAUCCGAAGAGGCAGAGGACGGACGACAACUUCUUUAAUUAUUCACAAGGACAGUGAAAUAGCUUUACAGAUUUCUCCACUGGGGAUUUUCUCGUCGCUAAAGCUUUGUUAGAAGGUUUAGUUGCCGUUGUUUAUUUGUAAAAUCAAUGUUUAUAAGAGGUCUUGUGAGAUGAGAUGGCUGCCACGAACUGGUGCUUGUAGAUGGAGAUUUGAGGAACCGGGGUUGCUGAGUGGAUCACGGAUUUGACGAAAACAUGGACUCUUUCAGCACUAAGAACCUGGCCCUGCAGGCCCAGAAGAAGCUCAUGAGCAAGAUGGCUACGAAGACAGUGGCCAACCUGUUCAUCGAUGACACGAGCAGCGAGGUGCUGGAUGAGUUGUACCGUGUGACCAAGGAGUACACGCGCAACCGCAAGGAAGCACAGAAGAUAAUCAAGAACCUCAUCAAGAUCGUGGUCAAAUUGGGCGUGCUGUACCGCAAUGGGCAGUUUAACAGCGAGGAGCUUCUGCUUGUUGAGCGCUUCCGCAAAAAGGUGCACACACUGGCCAUGACUGCAGUCAGCUUCCACCAGAUCGACUUUACCUUUGACCGACGUGUCAUGAGCAGUCUCCUAAACGACUGCCGCGAGCUGCUGCACCAGGCUAUCAACAGGCACCUCACAGCCAAAUCACAUGCCCGUGUCAACCACGUCUUCAACCACUUCUCCGACUGUGAUUUCCUGGCAGCUCUCUACGGCCCUUCCGAGAUCUACCGUGGACAUCUGCAGAGGAUCUGUGAUGGUGUGAAUAAAAUGCUGGAUGAAGACAACCUUUGAUCCUUAAUUUUUGUCUCCCUGAGCCCUUAUAUUUUGUCGGGGUUUUUAUUGUAUGUGAAUAUUUUCACAUUUCUAUUAUCUGUUUUUUGUUAUGCCACACCCCAGCCUCAACUUCUUCAGUCCUCUUUCUGACUGAAUGUUUUCCUGGGUGGGGAGAACAGCAGCUGCAUGUUUUCCAUGACAAUGCAACACUCUUGGUCAAACCAUUAAAAGAAGAGCACAACCCAGACUUUAAACACUCACUGGUAUCUGGAAGGAUUAAUCAGGAGUGCUGGUUGAGCUGUAACGUUGAAGUAGCACAUUGCACAUGGUUUCCCUAAUUUGCUUUCUUCUUGAAGUUUUAAAAUGUGUAAUUUUAUGCACUAUAAUAAUUACGCCGAAGGAGAUUUUACACUUGAUCCUCUAGGAUUAGAUUGAAGUUUGCUUUCAUUUGGUGGCUAGAAAAAUAAUGCCUGCUGCAGUUGUCCUCAGAAGCCCAAUGUAAGCAAUCUCUCAAUGCUAAGCCUUUAAUGUUUAAUACCCACAUGAGUCACGUGACAAUGCAAGAACAUAAAUGAGCUUUAUGUGGUCAACAAACCGGUUUAGUAAGUAUGGAAUGGUCAUGUAUCAGCAAGUCCUUGUCAUGUAUGUAUUUUCUUUGUUUUAUUCUUUGCUGUGACCUUUUCACCCUGAUGCAGUUCCUCUUCGGGAAUGAAGGCAAAAUGAGCAUAUUUCCAUGUACUACUAUUUCAUACCUUUUUUGUUUUAAUAUUUUUAUUACUGAGCCCUUUUUGCUAUACUUCUUUCUUUUUGUGUGUGUAUGUGGCUGUCACUAGUCACCUCCAUGACUCAGCCAAAGAGAUGCAAUGCAGAAUUUUAUUUCAAGGGCAGGAAGGAACAAACUUUAGCAGGAGUGCUGAUCUAGGGGUUAAAGUUAGCAGACGCAUAACAUGACACUCCAGCAGUCUGUGUUUUAAUGUAUCUAGAGAUGUGUAGAGUGAUGUGAGACAUUUUACAUUUCCCUGAUAACAUGAGCAGCUGUUAAAUGAAGGACCUCAGUGAACAGGAGUAUUUCUAUAGGUGAUCUGUAGGUGUGUAAAAACAUUUUCCGGCUGUUUCUGUCCGCAGAGAUCCUGCCCUGUGCAUCAAGGUGUGAUACGAAUGUUUGCUUUCAAUGUUUUAUAAAUGACCAAACAUGGAUGUCAAUAUUGAUGCUCACCGUCCAAAGGUAAACAUGAACCAUAAAUGUUUUACACUUAUGAAUAGUGGAUUUUUUUUUAAAAUAUAAUAUAAAUGGUGUAUGUAAAAUUGGUUUUGACUGUGACACUAAAAGUAAUUGUCAUGAAGGCACAGAGCUUGAAGCUGAAAUAAAACCAUAUUAGUAAACACAG